AUGUUACUGCUACUCAUCGAUCCCUCGCCGUUCGUCCUCUUUCCCUACCGUCACCGCAUUGUAUCCCAGGUUGAGUUGGAGGCAAGGGCAGCAGCAGCGGUGGCACCGCUGGUGGUGGUGGAGAUAGGCAGCGGCAAUUCAGAGUGGAGCAUGCGCAUGGCAGAGAGGGGCCUACAUGUGAUCAGCACGGACGUGGACGCUGGCGUGAUGGCCUCCAUGACUCGACUCCAUGCCUCCCAUCCUCAGUUCGCCGCCCAUCCAGUUGACCGCAUGGUUGCUGAUGCACGAUGCCUGCCAUUCCGAGGGGUGGUGGAUAUGGUGGUGGAUAAGGGAACCGUGGAUGCUCUGCUGUGCCAGCCACCUUCAAAGGACUACAAGCUACAACCGCUCUCAUGUGAGCCUAUGAAGGCGACACCUUCGGAGAGGCAAAUGGUCAUGCCACGUCAAGUUGUUCUUUGGACAAAAGCUGAGAGAAGUGACGGUGUGACAUCCCUUGCCAGGUAA